AUGCUCCAUGCACUGAAGCCAGUUGUACCCACCACAGCUCCAGCAUGUAAUGCCUUGCUGCUACUGGUGUCACUGAGUCACACUAUCCUCUGCUGGUCAUUACUAGUGGUUGGUACAGUGUCACUGGGAGCAGCAGCAGCAACAGAUGCUGGCUACACUGUGAAGAGCAAUGCGUUUGUUGGUCUGGACGUUCAGCAGGCAAGCGUGACGACAACGCUGCCCUGGUAUCGUGGAUUCACGUCGGACUGGUGGCGGUCCAACGAGCGCACGCAGCGAUGCGACAACGGUGCCAAGUGGGGCCACUCCGGGCUGUUGACGGCAGACCUGCAGAAUGCUCGCUUGCGCUACCUAGCUACACGCUUGUCGCCAGCGGUGUGGCGAAUAGGAGGUACACCGCAAGACGAGAUAGUCUACGUUAUUGGCAACCCACCAGAGUGUGCUAGCAGUAAAUCAGUACAGGAAUCUCUUGCAGCCCCUGGCCCCCUUUGCUUGACAAUGGGCAGGUGGAAAGAGAUCGUUGAAUUCGCCGACAGCUGCGGGCUAAAGCUCGUCAUGGGUCUGAACGGGAUGUACGCGCGCACGCGGCAAGACGAGCCGUUUAACAUCACCAACACCCGCGAGUUUCUGCGCUUCACCGCCGAAUCUGGUCUGAGUGUGUUUGCCUUUGAGCUGAGCAACGAGCGGCUGAGGAGGGCCGGCGGUGCCACACCCAAGGUACUUGCUCAGGACUUUACACGCGUCAGGCAGUUGAUCGUGCAAUUCUGGCCAGACAAGACUACCAGACCAAUGCUACUAGGGCCUGAUUCGUCGGAGAAACAGCUAAAGCAUGUCCGGUGGUUUGCUAAGCAGAUUGACGGCGGUGUGCUGGAUGGCCUGAGCUAUCACAGUUAUUGUUCAGGAGUAUGUCGCUGUGGUGCACCCAUGACUCAGCCUGCGGCUUUACACACCUGCCUCAACUCUGCCAAGUACUUUCUUCAGCUGGCACGGACAACUAACCCAGCAACGCUGCGUGUCUGGGCUAGUGAAGUCGGACCGCAUCAUUGCGGUGGGCUCACCAAUUGCUCGGACAGAUUUAUGACCAGCUUCUGGUACCUGCAUCAUCUAGGCAGUCUAGCACGCAUGGGCAUUGAGGUGUUUGCACGCUCCACGCUAAUGGGCGCUGAUUAUGGACUGCUGGAUAAGGCGUCCUUUCACCCGCGUCCCGACUACUUUGCUGCCCUGCUGUGGGGCAGGCUUAUGUGCAGACACCACUAUCACGAUGUCACUGUUGGAAGCAUGGACGGCAAUAGCGUUGAGUCGCAGGACGCAUUGAAGCUGCUGGCUUUUGCAUGUCGAUCUGCUGCGGAAACACAAGCUUCGAACCACAUCACGCUUUUGUUGAUCAACUUGAGCCCAGAAGAAGUUCUCACUGUCUAUGUCAAGCUGCUUGGUUGGAAGCCAAGUGGCAAAAGGCUUGAAUACCAUGUCUCUGCAAGCAGUCAACUUGCUCCUGAAGCCAGGAUGAAAACUCAGAAUGGCGACUGGAUACCAUUGCGAUUGUCUGCGGAUGAUAAGCUGCCCGACAUGGCACCAAUCGUCAGUAAAUACUCAGACCCGGUCAUAAUGUCGCGUUCGUCCUAUGCGUUCAUACGCAUCGAUGGACACUACGAAGACGCACGAUACACACUCUACUUCACGUAUCACAUUGUGAUUGCAGCACUGUUGGCGCUGCUACUGUUGUAUGUCAGACCACGGCGCAGGUGGCUAUUACGUUGA